AUGGCUGAGGUGUGGGUUGAAUUACGGGCGCCUCGGUUUGUGGUUCAUCGACACAACGCAGUCUUAAGAUGUGAACAUAAUGUUGAUCCUGAUUCACUUUAUAAGGUGGUGUUCUUUAAGAAUAGUCAACGUCUUAUGAAGUUUGUCCGAGGACGGGAUCCACCUUACGAGCUCUAUAACAUCACAGGUGCGGAGAUCAAUUUAAACACUUUGUCGCCUACUUCAGUAACACUGGACAAGCUCGAUUUCACCGCAUCGGGUCCAUACGCCUGCGAAAUCGCUUUAGAAACUCCUUUAUACUCCAAAGUUUCAAAAAUACACGAAUUGACUGUUAUUGUACGUCAGAAAUUCCGUCCAAAGAUAAAAAUCAAGCACAAAAAGUUAUUGUCUAAUGAAUACCUAGAGGCGACAUGUCAGAGCGCUCCCGCACAUCCCGCGCCCCACCUUACUUGGUUUAUAAAUCAUAUAAAGGUUGACGAGAGACUAACAACACCCCACGGUACGGUAAAUGUGCGUCGCCACCACCAUGGAAUGCCUUUGUCUUUGACCAAUUCAUCCCUGGCAUUCCCAUUGACGAGCUUACAGUUGCAUCCGAACCAAACGGUGGACGUCACAUGUUUAAGCACAAUACCGAGCUACGCGAGCCUAGGAGAAGGGUUUGCUGAUGUGCAAAAUAAUACCGUCACCGUUAACGUCGUUCGCAUCGAACCGGCCCCGACUCAGCUGCCUGUCAAAAUCGUUAGUUCCAAACUGAAUUUAUCGCCUCGCUGUCAUGUAGAUCAUAUUUUACUCUCUAUAGUCAUAAUAUUUGCGUGUUAUGCCAAUUCCUUAAACUAA